AGUGAGACAGAAGGAGAGAGAGCUUCAGCUUUCCUCCGCUGUGCCUUUCAGCUCCUCUCUCGCUGUGGAAAGAGGCGUGUCCAUGGACCAGUAUAAAGUCCAAGGAGAGCCACUCAUGUUGAUCCAUUCUCAGGAGACAGUCCUUUACACUGCACACCAGCAAGGAGCAGAAACUACAGCUGUUACUCAAAACACCGUCUUUUGAUUACUCACUUGCAUUUUGGUGGCUUUGGUCAGAUUUUUCCGAAACCUCUGGACUUAGAGUGAACUGGACUCCAACGGGCAGAGGGACUCACCUGAUCACCCCGGCGGAUAUCCUUCUUGCGAGUAUUCAUUCCAACAAAACAAAAACAAGUUCUUAUCACUACUACAUCUGUCUGCCGUGCAGACCGAGUGCAGACUCCAGUUUCUGAGCUGUGAAAUUGAAUCGGAGGAACGGAUACAGCAGAGGCAUUGUGUCCCUGGACUUGAAACACUAACCAGCUGAAAAUAUCAAAGACCAUCGUGGACAAAGCAUUCCUCUCAAGACUCCUUUGUCUGUGGUUAAAGCAGACACAGAUCAAAAGCUGAAAAACCCUCAGAGAGGAACGCAAAGCUAAGCUACCAUACAAGAGGGCAAAGGGAUUGCGUGCAGGUGCCGGGGCUGCCAUGGUGCGUGGAGGCGGUGUGGCAGUAGCUCCAUCCUGCUGGGGCCUUUGGGCAUUUGGCGCCCUGUCGCUGGCGACGCUGUGUUUGACGGACCAGGCCAUCCGCUGCCCUGUCUGCUCAGAGGAGAGGCUGGCAAGCUGCCGCCUGCCCGAAGGCUGCGAGGAGACGGUGCGAGAGCCCGGCUGCGGCUGCUGCCCCACCUGUGCCUUACCCAAAGGCACGCACUGCGGCGUCUACUCACCGCGAUGUGGCACAGGCCUCCGCUGCUACCCGCCGCGUGGCGUGGAGAGACCACUGCACUCACUGAUGCACGGCCAGGGGGUGUGCAUCGAUGAGAGAGAGGUGGAGGAGAACUCAGUGACUGACAGACAGGAAGAGGUCGUCCCUGAGAACCCAAACAACAGUAAUAUCCGCUGCAGUCCACAGGACAAGCGCUGCAUACAGAAGAGUCUGGCCCGACAACCUUCGAAAUCCACAAAUCAGAGGAACAACAAUGUCAGAGAGGACCCCAAAGCAGUGCUGGCUCCAUGUCGCGCUGAGCUUCAAAGGGCACUGGACAGACUGGCAUCAAACAGCCGCACACAUGAUGACCUCUUCACAAUCCCUAUACCCAACUGUGACAAGAACGGAGAUUUUCACAUUAAACAGUGUCAUCCUGCACGUGAUGGACAGCGUGGAAAGUGCUGGUGUGUGGAUCAGAAGACAGGCAUGAGGCUUCCAGGGCCGCUGGAACUGCGUGGAGAGCUAGACUGCCACCAGUUGAUGACUGCAACCCUGAGGGAUUGAGAAGAGAGGCGUGGCAUUGGGGGUACAGGACCAGCUGAAUUCUACUGGUGCUUAUUAGUAGAACUACACAAGUAAAAGACUUUACCCUGAAGCCUCACAUCACCUGAGGCUUACGGUACUUGAGUUUGUGCAACAAAAAGAAAAUGUUCUUUUUGCUAUUUUGUUUCUACGUGAGUGUAUGUGAUAUCGAUGAUUCUUUUGAGCACUUGUGGGUUUUUUUUUUUCUUCUAUGUCAGGGGUCACCAACCCUAUUCCUGGAGAGCACCUGCCCUGCAUGUUUUCUAACUCUCCCUGUUCCACUCCCAGGCAAUUAACUCUAUCAGUGUUCUCAGCCUACCAAAAGAUGGAAACACCCAUUUAAAAAAAAAAAAAAAAAAGAAAGAAAAUCAGGUGUGACCUAAGUACGUAGAUGUGGAAAACAUGCACGGCAGGUGACCCCUGUUCUAUGUGAACGUAAGACUCUGUUGACACAUGCGCUUUAAAAUAACAAGUGGUAGAAAACCUUCCAGAAAUAACACUUUUGUAGAUGUGAUCUGUGUUAGAGGGCAAACUGUGCUGUUUUCUUUCAUCUAAUGCGCUUCAGUAGUCGUAAUAACAAGGUAAUGUGUUCCAUAUCAAUGACAAGCUCAAACUUGAGAUAAAACAAGAGCAAAUAACAUUUAUUUAAACACUUUUUACCUGCUGCAUCAGGACAAUCCAGAAAAAAA